AUGAACACGCGUUUAUAUUAUUUAGCAGCGAAAGAAGAAGAAGAAGGUGGUGGAGGAGAAGAAGCGGGACAAAAGGGAGGAGACAUCAUCCUCGGCAACGACCCGCGCAACUCUGUCUGGAUUGACAGGGUGUCGAAUUGCGACGCUGAUUUUGACGAACGUCACGUGAGGAAACGAGACGAGAUCAAUUUUCCAUCGCGCGGAUCAUCGUUGCCGCCGCCGUCUUAUGGUCCAGCAAUCGUUCUCAGCAAUAUGGAUACCUUGCGCGACAGUAUUGGCGCCGCACCCUCCUCCAAUGUAACGUCACGCACCGAUGAUAGACCGCGGGUUUACGAUAUCGGGACAUCUUGCGCGACGACGAGAUGCGCCACGUAUGCACCAAAUGUUAACUGCAACGUGGCAUGCAGUGCUGUACCGGCGACAAUAUGCAAUAUCGCGUCAACGACAUGCAAUGUCGCGAACGGUGAUCUGAUGGCGACGUUACUCUGCAAUGACAAUGGUCACCUGACUGACCCCCCACAAUCGGAGAACACGGCCGUUCCGAGGAGCUGCCAAUCGGGACCGAUCGACGUCGAGGAUCUCGCAAUGUACUUUGAUCCGUGUAAGCCGCCCUCGACGGCGAUUAAUCGCGCGAUCUACUCAAAGAGGCCGAGAUACGGUCAGGGCGCACGGAUAGAUGAGCCUCGACAGGAGGAUGAUUGUCGCUAUCUAGAUUUUUGCAAUCUACGCCCUUGUGUAGCUCUAGAAUCCAGCGAUUCACGACCAUGCGAUCUAGGAUCCCGUGAUCCAAUUGCUGUUAAUGAUCAUCAUCUACCUUGCGAUCUAGACAAUACCGGAAAUCUGGCAUAUCGCGACUGCAACGAUCCACGGUCUUGCUAUCUGGGAUCUGGGAACGUUUCGAGAUUCGACGAUCCACGACUCCGCGAUUCGGGAUAUGUUGAUCCACCGCAGUUUUACAAUAUACCGUUCACGUAUGAUGCGAGACUGCGUAAAAUAGGACAAAACGAUCUGGGACAGAGCGAUGUUCCAAAGUGGUCAAGCGAUUGGCUCCGCGACGACUGCCCGGAACUGUUCAAUUUCUGCAGCGAGGAACGGUGGUUGCGGUGCCCGGCGAGCGAUCGCUGCCCCCUUUACGACACUUCGUACGCUCACGGUGCCCCCGCCGUUCUACCGCCAUGCUUGUACGGGAACCUGCACGCCGAUUACAGCGAUAAUUGGCAUUACGAUUAUGCAGAGGACGAGCAGCUUGCCGAGGAUUACUUGAAUAACGAAAAGAGGAAGGAGAGAUCCCGCGAUGCAGCGCGCUGCAGACGUAGCAAGGAGACCGACAUCUUUGCCGAACUCGCGGCUGCGCUUCCGGUCGAGCCGGAACAGGCUGCGCAUUUAGAUAAGGCCAGCGUGAUGAGGUUGGCGAUUGCUUACCUCAAAGUCCGGUCCGUUGUGGAUUCUAUUCCAGCUUCGCUGACAAAAUCCGAGUCGUCCGCAGAGAUAGAUGAACUAUUUCCGAAAGCUCUCAACGGCUUUAUGUUAGUACUCUCUAGUGAUGGCAAUAUGGUCUACCUGUCGGAGAAUGUCAGCGAUUAUCUCGGAGUGUCGCAAAUGGACAUGAUGGGGCAAAGCGUGUACGAAUACAGCCAUCCCUGCGAUCAUGACGAAUUGCGCGAAUGCCUCUGCUCAAAACCGACAGAUAAGGAUGAGAAACGUGCCUGCAGCUUCUUCCUGCGACUCAAGUGUACUCUCACCAACAAGGGGAGAAAGGUCAAUUUAAAGAGCGCCUCUUACAAGGUGAUCCACUGCACCGGCAAACUAACAGACAUCCGUGACUCGAACUCGAACUCUAUGGAAGUUGAGAACGAGGAGCGAGAGAAAGAGGACGAGCUCACGGAACAAGACACUGGCGCGUGUCUAGUGCUCGUAGGAAGUCCCAUACCCCAUCCCAGUAACAUCGAAAUACCUUUGGGACGCCAUACCUUUCUGUCGAAGCACAGUCUCAGCAUGAAGUUCACUUACGCUGACGAAAAGUUGGCUGAAUAUCUGGGCUGGGAUAGCGAAGAGCUGAUGGGUCGAUCGGUUUUCGAGUUUUACCAUGCACUCGACAAUCUGGCACUGGACAAGUGUUUCAAAUGCCUGUUCAGCAAGGGCCAGUGCGAGACUGUGGCAUACAGAUUCCUCGGUAAACGGGGCGGCUAUGCCUGGGUUGUCACUCAAGCCACCCUCAUUCACUGUUCCAAGCAACAGAAGCCGAUCUCCGUCGUCUGCGUCAACUACAUCUUAAGUGGGCUCGAGCACGAGGAUGAAGUAUACAGCGUGCGUCAGCUGGCCGCACGUGAUAGCGGUGCCGAUUUCGUGAAAUCGGAGAGAUCGUUGCUGACCCCGGUGGCGACAGGUGCUAUCGAACCAACGUCGGACUCGUGUCAGGUGGUGCUGAACGACGACGAGAAGAUUUCCACGAAGGAAUUGGCCGUCGACGACGAAUCGAGAAGCGACGAUCGACCGCUCGCCGUCACCGCGUCCAUCUUCCGUUCGGCCAACGGAAAAGACGACACGCGAAAGGACGACGACUUGCCGAAACAGGCACAGAAGAAGAAGACGUCUGUGCGAAUUCUCAAGGAGUCUAUCAACGAGUCGCUGAAGGAGAACGACGAGCCGGUAGCGGCAGAUCGACAGAACUGCUGCCGGCCGGCGUUUGCGAAAACACCCUUUAUAUUCCAGGGUAAACCGGCGGUAGAGCGUGAUUCCUUAGACAGUGUCGGACGUCGUGAUCGUCCGCAGGCGGUUACAAAACAUCUGUUCACGCCACUCGUGCCCAUCGUACAGCAACAACAACAACAGCAGCAGCAGGAACAACCGCAACUAUCGUGCCGACCGCCGCCGCAGACGGCCACAGCGAGUAUCUUCGCGCCUCGCACCGAGGACAUGAACAAGGGUUUCCUGACUUUCAGCGAGGAUCAGCCGGGUCUUACCAUGUUGAAGGACGAGCCGGAGGACCUGACGCAUCUCGCGCCUACGGCUGGCGAUGUAUGCGUGCCUCUCGAGGACACUCCCUUCCUGUCGGAUAUGCUGGACGAGUUUAUCUUUGGCAACGAUAACUACGGUUGCCCUCUGCUGAGUCCGGGCGACACCCUGACACCGGAAUUGCGUUCCCCGGAUCUCUCGGAGUCUCUUAAGGAGACAGAUCUGGUGAGCACUACUACUAAGAGCAAGAAUACGACCGAUCGCCUGGCCGAUAGUGACCCCUUCAUGUACGGCGACUCGCCUGGAAGUCCCUGUGGUAUCGACUCAAGCACUGUGUCACCAUCCCUAUCGAAAUAUCGGCAGAGUCCCGAGCGUAGCGUGGACUCGUUAGGCAGUCCUACGAGAGGUAGUGGUGGCGACGGGCUUUCCGAGGACGAAAUGCUCAUGUUAGGUAUCAGCGAUAAUAUAGGAGACGACGAGCUUGCCCUCAGAGCGCCCUAUAUUCCCAUGUCGGAUCAGGACGAAGCAUUGGAGUUGCUCAUCAGUGACGACAUGGUCAUGUGGGGCUCAUCUCAAUCUGAUAAAGGAUCUUCAAAAUGGCUACUCGACGAUCGAGAGCAGCGAGGAUCUGAGAGCAGUCUGGCACAACUGUUACGAACCGAUCAAGCGGUAUCGCGGCGAUACAACGAUCACGGCGGAGGUCUGAUGAACCCGCUCUUCGGACAAAUAUCUAAGAAAAACGCAGCCUUCGAGUCCGCUCGAUGGUCCUCUAACCAGGAACGGACUGACCGUCCUAAUAAACGCAUCCACUCCGGACUCAACGCGGACUCUCAGAGCGAGCACAAGCGCCUCAAGUGCGGAAACUCGACUUUCGAGCACGUAAAUUUUGACGGCACUUUGUUGACGAAGCAGCAGCGACCAUCGACGACAUCCUACAAAAAGUCACCACAACUGAGUCUCGACAACACUUGCAAUAGCCAGCUUCUGCGUCGUCUCGUAUCACCACAGAUACCGUGCAUCGUAUCGUCACACACAACGUCUUUGUCCAACGAUGGCAGCGAUGAACAUUGUCGCGGGGAUAUUUCCAAGCAACGUGCCCGCAUUCUCAAUGAUAUCAUUGAUCUCGUUGAGACAGAGGACGAUCACGGGGGAGGAGGCGGAGGUGGAAAUCGUGUCGGCGACGAUCUAGAUAGGAUUGGAACGACGAGCCGUAACCAGAAUCCGACCUGUGGCGGCAGCAGCGUGCUAAUGAAUCUCCUGGUUUCCGGCUGCGAUGAUCCUCUCAUGAAUUCUCGCAACGUGCCAAUCCUGUUAUCGAGGAACCUGACGACCCCGUUGUCCAUCAAUGUGGACAACCAGAUAAUACCACAGUGUUUGAACGCGGACAACAUCGUAUCUCUACCCGAUCAUCUCAGCCCGGACACCAGGAAGCACCUGAUCGGGCCCUUCACCGGCGGCGGUGGUGAUGGCGGAGGAACAACACCCAUAAUUUCACCCACGACGUCCGCGAUGGCGUCCUUCGACGGUUUCGAUUACGACGGAUCCACCGCGAAUCUGCUACAAAUCGGUCCGGAUCUGCUCGGCGGCCUGUUGGACCGAAAUCUGGUAUGAUUCAGCGCGCGGCCGCAUCGAAAGACGAUUCGAUCGGAGGAAUUAGAAGCCGGAUUCUUUCGACAGAAAGCGAGAAGAUUCAGAAUUUGUUUCCCUAUCUUUUUUGUACAAUAUUUUGCUACAAUCGAUAUUUUUAAGCCUUUGUUAGAUUUUUUUUUUGUUAAUUACAAUGCGAGAUGUGUCGCACCUCAAACUGAAAACUGCUUCGGUUCACAAACUGAAAAAUGUCAUCGUUGUCAAAAAUUAUUUAAAAAAUGUUCCUGCUGUAAUCCAACUCUUUCAAUAAAUACAUAAAGAUCGAAAAUUAAUGCUGGUAAUUAAUUAGUUAUUGUAUGGGGUGCAACAUAUCCAAUUUCAGUCAUUUAGAAUCAUUAUAUACUAAUAAUAAGCAUAGAAAUAACGAGGAAAAAGAUUAAACCACGUUUGAAGCGCGAUUCAUCGUAUAUUCAAAAAAUAUGUCCAAUUAAUGUAAAAGUGGCGCGACUCGGGCUUAGGUUAAAAUUUAAUUGAUAUUUUUAAAGCAAAUUUUUUUAUAUAAAAUGUGAUUUCUUCAAAUAGCGAAUUUGACUCGCGUCACUUUAACAUUUAAUUGACCGAUUUAAUUUACAUUCUUCUAUUAUGAAAUUUUUGAGCGAACGCAAGUGUGUGCCAAUUGGCCAAGUAUGCCAACGAUUUUUACGAAUUAGUAUGAAAUGAAUUAUAUUGUAUAAAAAUUAAUACGCUCGAACUGCGUAGCGAAUUAAAUUUGACGAGAUGACGCUUCGUUGUAGAAAUUACUAAACAAACCAUAUCUUACACAAUCAAGUCGAGUAGAAGGCUAUACCGUUUUUAUAAAAUCGUUUUAUAAAAAAGGGAGAUUUUCGUGCACACACAAAUCUUAACUUUAUUCCCAUCAUUGUGUGUUCCUUAUAUCAAUCAAUGCACUAUAAAUCUUCUCGACUGUACAUUGCAUCAAAAUAUGUUGAUAAAUAUUAUCUGAAAAUAAAUUAUUUUGUAAAUUAAAACCGAUAUUCUAGAAGAUUAUAUUCUACCAUGCAGGUUGUGAUACUUGUACUAAAUUUUUGUUUGAUUAUGUUUAGCUAUUUCCACAAAAUGAUGUUCAAUAUAUAAUACAGUUUAAAAUAAUACUAUAUGCGUAUUAUCAAGGAAGAAGUAAGGAAUAUAGUAGCUAAGAUAUUAUCUAAUAAUAAUUAUCAUGAUCGGAUUAAUGUGUUCAUGGAUUCAUAGAUUCGGAAUAAAAACAUAUUUCAAUUUUUGAAAAUAAAAUUAGCGGAAUGAUUGCAUAUUUUUAACUGGAAAAGAAUGAGAAUGUUAUAGCCUUCAGUAGCUCGGCCUGUCUUUUUUUAAAAUUGUAUAUAAACAAGUGCAUUUACGCGCAUUGGUGCGCAUGCAAGAUUAUAUAUCAUUAAUUCAACUAAUAAUAGGAUUCGAUACUAAUAAAAGUGUUAAGUUGGGAGCGAUGAAAUGAUGAUAUCGAGUGCGAAAAAUUGUUAAUCGACGAUUGCUUCGCUUUAAUAUGGAAAAAAAGGUAGCAGCUAAAAAAGGAAGUGCUUUCCAGUAUGAUUUUUAUUUUUAACGCGAUGUUAAAAUUACAAAAUGGAAGCAUUUUUAUAGCAUCUUUUUUUAUUUUUCGCAUAAUUUAGUUUUAACAUUCCUUAAAAUCGUGCUUCGCGAAUAUUUUGUCAAUGAAAUAAUAAUAAAAUAACACGCUAGAAUAUCGAUUUUUCAUCCUGAUUCCUGAAAUUGACGAGCAUGACAAGCCGUAGGCGUUGCUGCUUCCUCAGCAUCGAGUAUCAGUUAUGAUGUCGACAUCUUUUUGUCAUUAUCGUUGUCGUCGUCAUUACUGAUUAUUGUUACUGUUAUUGUAGUUUCUAGUAAACUCUACUAGAGGUUAUCGUUUGUUGCAACUGUACUGUAUAAUUGCCUGACAUACAAUCAAUUAAUAUUACAUAGUACUAUGUUUAUCGCUGUGAUUAUUACCGCUGCGACUAUUAUAUGAAAAUGUAUACAUAUAUUUUUUUUAUUAUGUGUAAUUAUAUUAUUUUAAUACUUUAACAUGCAUACAAGUCUAACCACAUUAUAACAAUGUUGAAUGGAUUGCUAGUAUAAUAUGGACACAUGAUAUGGAUAUGAUAGAAGGUAAAUAAAUGAUGUUUCUAAUUAAUUAAAAA